AUGAAAUGGUUUUUCUGUUUAUUCAUGAUAAACAAUAUUUAUCGUGAUCAUUUACAAUUUCUAUGAUAUUCAAAAUCAUUUAGGAAAUACAUUUCAUUAUUUUCUUGUUUAAUAAAAGAGUUUUAAUUAAAUGCAUUAUUUAAAGAAUAAAUAUACUAAUUGGAAUUCUAAACAUUUUCCAGAAUUGCAACAAUUUCGAACGGUUGAAUCAUCAUGUGCUGGAUUAUCAUUUCACCAUGCAAGACCGCGAGAUUUUGUCACAUCUCAAUGGAUGUGUUUCACAUCGAAAUAUUUCACAAUAUAUCGUGUAUUGCUGGCAAUUCUUUUGUUUGUAUGGAUUAUAUACGAUAUUGUUAGCGAAACGAUGAGACAUUUUGAUCAAUCAGAAUAUGGUUGGAUCACGUAUGGUACCAAUUGGGCAUUUCUGCUACUUACCAUAACUCAUAUAUCAUUAGCUUUGUACUGUUUGAUUUACAACAUAAAAUAUUCUAACAACGAACCAAGAUAUUAUCAACCGAUAUGGUUUAUAAAUAAUAUAUCAUCCACAUGUAUGCUUGUCGUCUGCGUCAUAUUUUGGUUUUCAUUGUCUAACAUUCCAUUGAGUGUAUUUACAAGUUGGCAGAGUCGAGUUAAGCAUUCAUUGACUCCAAUCUUGGUGCUAAUCGACACAUGCCUUUGUGCAAUUCCUAUACGAAUGAUACACGUGAUUUACCCUUGUUUGGUUGGUUUGAUAUAUAGUUUAUUCACAUAUUUGUUUUGGUUACUCGGUGGUGCAGGGCCUUAUGAUAAAGGACAAGUUUAUCCCUCCGUUGAUUGGAGUAAACCAAUACCAACAGUACUAGUGUGUCUUUGUGCCUUGAUGGCAGCUAUUUUAUGUCAUGUAAUACUCUACAUAAUCUAUUUUAUACGAGUGAAUAUUAGCGCUAAAUUAGGUGGUCGAGGCUACAUGCUGAUUAGAGAAACAAUGGAGCAACACUGUUUUGACAAUGAAGAGUUUGAUUUGGAUGAGGGGAUUGGUAAAAUUGGAAGGCAAACUAUCGAGUCAAAGAAGAUACAAAAUGCACAAACUGACUUUCAAAAAUAUGGUACAGUUUAAUAGAAGGAUAUUAACUCUUCAUAUGCAUAAUCUGUAGAUCGAUUUUCCAAAUUUGAAUAAAAAUUGACCAACUGUUGAUUUAGUUUGAGGUCAAUACUAUCUG